GAAGCGUUUGGGCACUGCACCGCCCUGCGCCAUGUCCUUCAACGGCGUUCUCGGAGGAGAAAGCUUGCGGCGUGUACCCAGGCGGUGGUCCUGGUGGUUUUCUUUGUAAUUGGCGGUCCGAGGUCGGGCCUCAAGUGGGAACGGCGUCACCAUGAUGAGCGGACGGCCGGGCCGAGUGCCCUUACAGUUCCUGCCGGAUGAGGCCCGGAGCCUUCCCCCGCCCAAGCUGACCGACCCGCGGCUCGCCUACAUGGGCUUCUUGGGCUACUGUUCCGGCCUGCUUGAUAACGCGAUCCGGCGGAGGCCGGUGGUGUCUGCGGGUUUACAUCGCCAGCUCCUAUAUGUUACUUCCUUUGUCUUUAUUGGAUAUUAUCUUUUAAAACGUCAAGACUAUAUGUAUGCUGUGAAGGACCAUGAUAUGUUUGCUUACAUAAAAUCACAUCCAGAGGAUUUUCCUGAAAAAGAUAAGAAAACUUAUGGUGAAUUUCUUGAAGAAUUCCAUCCAGUGCGUUGAAGUCUCCAAAAUGCUUACUUUGGUUUCACUGAUACCAGUUAUGUCUGAAUUUUGUGGAACAUGUUUCCAUGAUAUUUGAAGUUUAUGUUAAUGUGUAUGUUAACACAUUAUGAUUAAAAUGGUCAUCAUGUACACUCUGACUCCUUUUUGUCAUAAUAAAAAUAAUUCAUCAGA